AUGACAGACUUCAUUCUAAGCUUUUAUGAAGGCUUAAGUCCAACUGAUAGGUCAUGGGCAGAUGCAGCAAGCGGAGGAUCUUUCUUAGACAGGUCACCAGAAGAUGGGAUAGAUCUAAUAGAACGGAAGGCAGUAGAUAAUCAACAAUAUGGAACAAGAGAAAAUUCAUGUGGAAUUUGCAUUUCAACUGAUCACUACACUGAUGAAUGUCCUAGCUUGAUGGAAACUACUGUGGAAACCUCAUCCCAAGCUUUUGCUGCGAACACGUUUGGAGGAAAUAGACCAUACAAGAAUUAUCAUGAUUCAUCCUCCAAUAGGUAUCAACAGAACAUGCAACCUUAUGUUCCACUUCAACAAAGGCAACCUUAUGUUCCACCUCAACAAAGGCAUCAACCUCAGCCUGAAAUGUCACUUUUAAGAACGGGUAAGCAAGUACAAGGACCUGAAGUCCAAGAGGAUGAAGAUAAAAAGAAAGAAGAAGAACAAGUUGAUGACAAUGGAGGACCAAAUGAACCAUCACCUGAGACUACCACUGAAAAAUCCAGGUUAGUACCUCCUAACUCUUCUUCUAAAAAAUCUUCUUCAUCUUAUUCUCCACCUCCUCCAUAUCCCAAUCGGUUGAAGCUGAGAAACAAAAAAAUUGAGGAGUUAGACCAAGAGAUCUUGAAUAUUUUCAAAAAAGUGGAGAUCAACAUUCCCUUGCUAGAUGUUGUUAAGCAAAUCCCUAAAUACGCCAAGUUUUUAAAAGAAAUUUGCACAAAUAGAAGGCGUUUUAAGGAUAAAGAGGUUGUGAAUUUAGGAAGAAAUGUGUCAAGCUUGAUUAAGAAGAAUAUUGAAAUACCGCGAAAAUGCAAGGAUCCAGAGGAAGAGUUGGAGAAAGAGAAGGCCAAAAGAAAACCUAAAAGGUCAACUAUAGAUGAUGGUGUUAAAACUGCUGGAUGUCCACAAGCAUUUACUUACGAUGCAUUCCUUUCACCUGUUGGUUUGUCGACCGAGGAAGUGGGUGGAAUGAGGAACAAAGAAGGUGCAAUGUCGCCAAAUUCACCGGGUAGAAAGUCUGACAACCAAUCAUAG